CCCGCACUCGCGCCCGCGCCCGGCCGAGACCUCAGCGCCAGCGCCGACAACAGCACGCGGUGGCCUUACGGCCCCUUUAGCACGCGCGGGCGGGACAUUGUCAACUCCCGCGGCGACGUCAUCACCUGGGCUGGUGUUAAUUGGCCGAUGAGUGGCGAGAGCAUGGUGCCAGAGGGCCUCGAGUGGGCAUCGGCAGACGAUAUUCUCGACAUGGUGGCCAGCGUGGGCUGGAACGUCAUCCGCAUGGGCUACGCGAUCCAGAUGGUCGACGAGAUCUACGACAACGGUGGGGCGGACGUGACGCUACUGGCGGCCAUGACGGCGGCGCUGGGGGCAGCCAACGGCACGCGCGUGACUAACGCCAUCGUGGCUAAGAACCCCAUCUGGACGGCGCAGACGACGCGGUUCAAGCUGUGGUCGGACCUGGCGCGCAUCGCCGCCGCCAAGCGCAUCCUCAUCCACCCGGACGUGCACGUCAGCAAGGCGCAGUGGUGCUGCUCGCACACGGACGGCAACGCCUGGUUCAAGGACGCCAACUUCAACACGACGACCUGGCGCCGCGGCCUGGCCUACGUCGCCGCCUGGGCCCGCAACCACACCAACGUCGUGUCCAUGUCGCUGCGCAACGAGCUGCGCGAGAGCUACGCCGCGCCCGCGCUGGGCUACAACUGGCAGACCUUCGUCAGCAACAUGUCGGCCGGCGCCGACGUCAUCUUCGCCACCAACCCGGACCUGCUGAUCACGUGGUCGGGCAUGCAGUUCAGCGAGGACGUGUCCGCCCUGACGACGCGCAAGAACCUGCUGACGGCGCCGUGCUACAAGUGCAGCGCGAUCCGCGACGCGCUGCGCCGCGAGCCCGUGUUCUUCGACCUGGCCAGCUACCCCUGGCAGAACAAAAUCGUCUUUGAGCUGCACCUGUACGCCGGCAGCGAGGACCUCGACACGGGGACGUGCCGGCUGAUCGAGGCCGGGCUGUACCGCAAUGGCUUCAACGCGCUGGGCGUGGCCCCGCGCCCCGCCGCCUGCAACGUCACCGCCGACUGCCCGCCGCCGCAGCGCCUGACCCCUGUAAUCCUCUCCGAGUUCGGCCACGCCCAGGACCCGACCCUGCUGACCGACACCCUGACCAACUGCCUCGCCGACUUCACGAAGCGCUACCGCGCCGGCUGGAUGGCCUGGAGCCUCGCGGGCAGCUACCGCGUGCGCGAGGGCCGGCAGGGGUUCCCGGACACAUGGGGCUUGACGAAUGAUAAUUGGACGGCGUGGCGGUUUCCGCAGGGUGUGGAGGGUUUCUGGAAGCCCUGGGUGAAGGGCAUGAAUAUUACGAAUCCGACUUAGCGGGGUGGUGGCCUGGUGGUCAGUACAUAGGGGGACAGCUGUAAUUACAUAGGGGGUAGAAAUACACUGUGGGGGGUGGGGGGCGUGUGGUAGAUUUGAGAGGCUUGAAUAUUAGUUAGCGAUAAAGACAAGAGGAAAUGAAAC